AUGGGUUGGACUGAGUCGGAAUCGGUAUGCAAGAAGCACCCAACUCACAAACAGCAUCAAGGGGUUUGCCCAUCUUGCCUGAGAGAGAGGUUAUCUCAUCUGUGUGCGAGUUCGCGCAGAGACACCUCCAUUGUUGUCGUUCCUUCUUUUUCUUCUUCGCCUUACUAUUCCUCUUCCUCUACUGGAUCGGGCGGAAGACAUAGCAGAAACCCGUCGGUGGGUACCCUCAUGUCGUCUUUGAUGGUGAGCGGUGGAAAUGGGUUGAAGAAGAGCAGAUCCAUUGCUUUUAUGAAUCCAAGAAGUGUUGUUGAUGAAAAUGGGAAGAAGAAGAAGAAGAAGACGACGACGGCGACGACGCAGAACAAGAAAGGGUUUUGGUCAAACUUGCUUGGUUUGAAGGGAAAGGAUAAAGGAAUUCUCCUUCAUUCCAGGAGUAUAAGAGAGAGGUUGGCUUAG